AUGAAUACAGUCCAGCCGCAGACAACAACUCAAUCCGAAGGGGCUUCUGAGAACAGUGAUGAACUGUCAGGGAAGAACCCACUGUCUCCUAAGGCUGAAAGCAUCUUAAGGAUUUUGGAAAACUGCAUUUGUCAAGUUGAGCUUACGGCAGCCUUUCCUGCCCUUCUCAAGCUGAACAAUGAGGGCGGUGUUGCAGAUAAUAAGUUAAGCAGGGCACUUACAGAACAUCAAGUUUUAACAGAAAAAGUGGAGGCAUUAGAAACUCUGGGGCAGGAGUCGGAUGGAAAACAAGAUGGAAAUGAUAAUAAAGAAAAAGCGGAGCUGGUAAGGGACUUCAAGAACUCUGUCAGGAACGUGCUCAGGAUUGCCAAAGAAAAUCCAGAUGUCAUCAAUGAUCUGAAGGCAAAGCAAAAUAUAGAAGCAGGGGAGAGUGAGUCCAUGCUGAUCAGUGAGCUAAAGAAGUUUCACACUCAUAUGGUGGAAAAGAUGAAAACCAGGGAGCAUGAGGAGCAAGAGCAGACCCACUACAAUCCAGCUGAUGUAAUGAUUUCUCAGAAAAAGACUGAGGUAGAAGAUUUACAUCAGUCUAUAGAGGAAAUGGACAGAGAAUAUGAGGCCUUGUCAAUUUUUAAGCCACUACCGCCAACUGUAAAGACAGAGAAGAUGAUCCGUUUAGAACAGGAAAUGGAUCAAGUGAAUGCACAGCUGAGAAGCUUAAAGAUGGAACACAGACGGGUAGAGAGAGCGAUCCAAGAGAAAAAUGAGAGAUUGGAAGCAGAAAUUGAACUGCUGAUUCAAGCUUUUGAUGCUGAUAUGGAAGAACUCCAGGCCAAGCUGGAUUCAUUUGAAAAAGAUUAUGAGAAGGAUCAAGAGGAGAUGAGGAUGCUGGAAGGGCCCUUUUCUGUUCUAGAGGUGGAGUAUAACCAGGUCAUAGAGAGAAAACAGCUUGAAGAAGAGAAGAGGAAACAGGAGAUGAGGGAUCUAGAGCUGAAGACCAAAGCGGCUAUUUAUGCCCAGGCGUGGUGGAGAGGCUACAAGACUCGCCAGGCGCUGAGGAGCAAGAGCAAGAGUAAGAAGACCAAAAAGGGCAAAGGCAAAAAGACCAAAUAA